ACUGCUCACGAUGCAUCAGUUUGGAGAGCAAGUGCUUUGAAGGUUUUUCUUGACAAUAUGUACUCCAAUGGAGAACGAAAUUUUUGGCUUUUAGGUGACAGUGGAUAUCUUCAAUUACCUUAUUUAAUGACUCCUAUUCCGGGAAACAAUCUCUCAGAUUCUGAACAUAAUUACAACAGACAUCACCGGAAAGCAAGAAACUGUGUAGAACGCUGCUUUGGAGUGCUGAAAUCUAGAUUUCGAUGCCUGUCAAAAGAUAGAGUGCUUAUGUAUGACCCAGUUUUAGCCGGAAAAAUUAUAAAUGCUUGUAUAAUUUUGCACAAUAUCAUGAUAUUAAAUAAUAUAAGGUAUGAAAUUGAGGAUGAUGAUAACAUAAGUUUUGAUGAAGAGUUUAAUUUAGUUGAUGAAAUAACUAGUACUCAUCAUGGUAUUGCUGCAAGACAACAAAUUGUAAAUAACUAUUUUAAUUACUGAGAUUUGUGGUUUGCUCACAUUUACAUGCAUGUACAAUGUAUGUAUUUGUGAUGAGCUUAUUCAGUUAGUUACAUGUUUAUCAGUUUUGUUUAUUAAGUCUAGCGCCUUAUAUAACCAGCAUCGUAUAAAUCCACAU